AUUGGCCAGGAGAACUCACCAAUGGGGAGCUCUGAGAGGCGGACCUACAGCGCCAGCAGCUAGAGGAAGACCAGCAAAUUUCAAGUUGGCUGCGACAUGAGCUCCGCGCCGGGGAGGGGCAGCAGGUUUUUCUCACUGGAUCACUGAAUACCCAGGCCCCCUCCACCAUGGCCAGUCGGGGUGGGGGCCGGGGUCGUGGCCGGGGCCAGCUGACCUUCAACAUGGAGGCUGUGGGCAUUGGGAAGGGGGAUGCUCUGCCCCCACCCACCCUGCAGCCUUCUCCACUCUUCCCUCCCUUGGAGUUCCGCCCAGUGCCCCUGCCCUCAGGAGAGGAAGGGGAGUAUGUCCUGGCGCUGAAGCAGGAGCUACGAGGGGCCAUGAGGCAGCUCCCUUACUUCAUCCGGCCAGCUGUCCCCAAGAGAGAUGUGGAGCGUUACUCAGACAAAUAUCAGAUGUCAGGGCCGAUUGACAAUGCCAUCGAUUGGAACCCUGAUUGGCGACGUUUACCCCGGGAGCUAAAGAUCCGAGUGCGGAAGCUACAAAAGGAACGGACCACCAUCCUGAUUCCCAAGAGGCCCCCUAAGAACACAGAAGAUAAGGAAGAAACAAUACAGAAACUAGAGACCCUGGAGAAAAAGGAGGAAGAAGUGACUUCAGAGGAAGAUGAGGAGAAAGAAGAAGAAGAAGAGAAGGAAGAGGAAGAAGAAGAGGAGUAUGAUGAAGAAGAACAUGAAGAGGAAACUGAUUACAUCAUGUCGUAUUUUGACAACGGAGAGGACUUUGGGGGUGACAGUGAUGACAAUAUGGAUGAGGCUAUAUACUGACAAAGCAGCACCCUGGACCUUUGGAUCUUUUUUGGUUUAAGAUACAGAGAGUAACUGUCCCUAUUAUUUGGUUUUGUGGGCAGGCAAAUCAUUUGCUUAGAGCCCAGAUAAACUGUUUGGCCCUGGAGAUAGAAAUGGACAGUGAGGACAGAUAGCUCCCGUAAAGGGCCAAGGACCAAUGUUAACAUACAAUGUUAAUUGCAUGAAAGAAAGAAAGAAGGGUCAGAGAAACACUGGUGCUGUUAGAGCCCAGAGAGCUAUACAUAAGCCCCGCCCACUUUUGUACAGUGAAAGAUAAUUGGGGGUGUGUGCAGUUUGGAGGAGUAAGGCCAGCUUUAUAUUUUUAAAUAAAAUGUUUUUAUCUGCCUCUCUGUGCAGGGCGAAGCCUGGUGGGAGAGGCCUGGAGGAAGAAAGGGAGUGCCUAGCUCAGCCAUUCUUUCCUUACCCAUCAGAGUCCAGUGUGACACACUGGGGAUUACAGCCUUCCUGUCCUUUACCCCUUCCCUCCCACUGUAAUGGUGAGACACGUGCUUCCGUUCUAGCCCUGCCAGGGAACAUUCAGGAACUCAUCUAUGAGGCUGCUCAGAGUGAGGAGUAGAGAAGAACAGCCCAUGUCCUGAAGACCGGUUGGCUUCUGAGCCUCUGGUCCUCAGGCCACGGGACACGGAUUGUCUCUUUUCACAUGUGUUCACAAGGACACGGGCUCUCUCUUUCCCACACUUGACCUUGAGCUUGUCCUUGUUUACAAGGAAAGAUUACAGCUAUUUUUGUGAGAGAGAAUCAAGAAAGCCAGGGGCAGGGAGGGAGUAGGGAGGAGGUGCUGAUUGUUCCUCAGCACACACCCUCUUCCAGGCCCCCCGGGACCCCACAUUGAAAGAUAGGUCUGUGCAAGGGGAACCCCCAUUCUCCACUUCCAGAAACUGCUUUGGUGGCUGAGUUGCAGUUUCCCUUUUGGUUCUUCCUUUGUGGAAUUUAGGUAGCCUUUCUCGCUCCCUUCUUGGAGUAGAGGGGGUAGGCGGUAUUGCUUUACAGGAAGUACGGAGGGUGGGGAGGAGGGGAGUGACUUAGGGACACUCAGCUCUGAGAGAUGCUUUCUCGCCCACACAGCUCUCCCUGGGGUGAGGUCACUUCCCUAGGCUCUGAUUGGCUUCCAAGGAAGCCCUCGAUGAGCUGAUUGGUUCCAGCCACUUGGCAUGCAACAGUCACGGGCGAGCUGCGUGUCCAGAAUAGGGACUGAAUAAGGAGGCAGGCACAGAUAGCUGGGAUGCUGUCAUAGCGACCCUACUAAAACAUUGGAAGUCAUGAAGCGGGGAUGCAAGAGAACCUUCAAGAAAUUCUCCAAACACAUUCAGGCAGGCAGACUGAAUUCCAUAUACUGCAGCAGAUGAUAGAGACUGGCAAUCUCGUGUUAGAUAUUUCUGACCCCAUUGUGAAAAAUGAAUAGGGACUGUGACUUCAUUGAGGGAAAGCACCUUGAAAGCCUGGUUUGGCUGUGGUAAUAGGUGUUAAGGUAGAGGCAGCCAAGAGAACAGAGUAGGAAGCAGGAAUUGAAAGAGAACAUUCCAGAGUUAUUGAGCACUUUGUGGUGAUUGGUGUAAUUCCUUUUCUAGCUCUCCAAAGUGUAAAGUGCGUGGAACGGUGGGGGAGGGGCUGUGGGACGUGUCACUGGGGUUUCCCGUAGUCAGACUUUAGCCUGUGAUUGUGGCUGUGGAGAAAUCAGCAAGAAACAAAAUGCAAAAGAAACAAAUGAAAAAUCUCCUUUUGCCUCCUGUCCCCCUCCCCAACAUAUACCAGUCCUCACCUGAUCAACUAUAUCUGUGUCUAUGUUGGGGGCACAGCCAUCCCCCCAAAUCCCUGGGACCUUAAAAGAGUGGGAACAAAGAAGAUUCUAGACAGAGAGUAGAGGAGGACUGGAACACACUCCUGCUCCCACCACUACAUACAUACAUCUUUUCCCAUGAAAUGGGAGAAAGGAAGGCAAAGGUUAGAAUGACCACUUGGGUUCAGUUGUACUGCCUCAAAAACAAAGCGUUGGAAAGAUCAGACCAUGCUUGGAUUCUUGGAUUCUUUCCUAUCUGGCGUCCUGCCGCUCUUGGCAGGUGACCUUGCUGAACAAAGCCAGAGACACGGGAUCUAGCAGCUUCCCCAGAUUCCAGAACAGUUCCAGGCAGAGUUAGACUGUUUCCAUUGACCUCUCCCCUACUUUCCAUAGGUUCCAUCGGGCAGGCUGAGGCUGAAGCCUAAGGUCCAGUAACCAGUCACAACUGCUUAUUUCUCUGGAGGACCACCUGAGAGGUUAGAGGUUGAGGGUCUGUCUGCAAACAUUUAGAGAGGACCCACACGGUGCUCACUCAGCCCUGUGCUACCUGCCUGCCAGGGCCUGCUUAUGUUGAACAGCUUGCUCUCUGGCAAGAAUCCUACCCCUCCCUACCCUAUAUGUUCCAUCUGUAGCUUCUGGUCCCCUCCCACCUUGGGCAGGAAGCUUGAGAGUGGGGUCUUGCAAACUUCACAGGGACUCAAGUGGUUUGAGGGACAGCUGAAUGGAAAACCUGGAUGCAACAUGUUAUUUAGAAGAUUGGGAGUGGAGACCCAAGACAAUUGGAAGGUCAGAUAUCGGGUGGAUAGGGCACCCAUGGUUUAGUGAGGAAGAGACAAUGAUUUCCCUCAGUUCAUUUUUAUUGCUGUUUGAACUUUGAAAGGAAGGAAGGGUGGCCUGUAGGCGGGGGCUGGUUGAGAACUGAGCCAAAGGGAAGGGCUGCUAUCUCAACUGAGCAAAGCACUAGCUAUGGGCAUAUGUUUAUGGAGUUACGGGUUACGGAAUUUCACCACCCCACAGCCUUGGGCCCUUGGGAAAAUCAUGACAAGUCUGCAAGCCUCAGUUGAGACGGAAUUUGGAUUAGAGAUCCACUAGGAAGCCUUCAAGCCUACGUUGAUCCACCCACAGUGGAUCCACUAAGUGGUUUUGAGAACAAAGGUCAGGACGUGCCCAGCUUUUGCUGAACUCAUUCCAUCUUCUGGAUUUCCCCACCUAUUUACAGCUUGGGCAAGCUAAAGAUACCUCAGGCAUGCAGCCAAUCCUUUCCAAGAAACUGCCUCAGCCCCGGUAGCAGGAGGAUCAGCAAUUCUAUCAACUAUCAAAAGAGGUGACAGCCCCUGCAUCAGAGUUCAAGGUCACAAUCUGCAGGUCAGGACUCACAUCAAGCAGUUUAGAUGCUGACUGAGGAAGGGGCUAGUGGGGGGGUGGGGGGGGUGCUUCUUCAUCUCCCGUCAUAUAUCAUGUCUGGCCAGAGGACAGAGAAUUGAGCUAGACAAGAAUAGCCCAGUUAGCUGAUCUGGCCAGACCAGUGGUAACCCCUUCUCCGUUGACCUUUCCCUUGCUGAGCCUCACUAUCUCCUCAAGGUCAUUUGGGACCAGAGAGCUGAAAAUAAGAAGUUCUAGGAUCACCUCAGAAAGGCCUUUGCUUUAUCUCCAACAGAACUUAAUUUGCUGUUUUGUAUCCUAAAGGGAAGGGAGGUUCCCCCGGCCACCCUAAUGGGACUCAGUGGGAAGACGGUGAUCCAGCCCUAACUGCAGGACCUGAGAGGCUAAGGCCCAAGACUUUUAAGACCCUUUUUUAGGUCCAAGGAUUCCUCAGACCCAGGCCUGACCAAUGCAGGGAGAGGCUAUGUGGCCAUGACCUUUGGGUCUGGGACUAUUCCCCAUUCUCAAACCCCUCCUCCUCCCUGGAUCCUCAGCUAUGAGAUGCGCUUCCCAAAACUUGGACCCCUGCCUCUCCCUGAAUCUUCCCCAUCCCGUGAUUCCAUUUCUCUUGGUAUACAUGGUUAGUGAAAAAUAUCCAAAUCCUGUCUUUGACAUUCUUUGUUACAUUCAGGGCAGCGUUGAAAGCACUGGAAUGGGAGGGAGAUUCGUUAGACCUGUCUUUGCCUUACCACAGAGGAUGGGGGAAUAAGCUCACCCAAGUCAGGGACACAGAUCUGGGGUAUAGCCUCUCUCGGGGAGAGAAGGGAAGAAAUCCCAUUUGGACAGGGAAAGGAGCCCUGGUACUCAGCCCCCUUCUGCUCUUCUACGGUGGGAGAUGUAGCCAUUCUGGAAAGAAGAUUCCCUCAUUUAAGGAGGUCGAGGCAACUCUUUUACUUCAUUUUUCUGAGGCAGGGGAGGUAAGAGGAAGUGAGACAAAGGUGGGCUCAGUGGGAGAAAGGGCAAACGCUGACCAGCCCUUUUCUCCACCCUCCGCUUCCUGUCUCCAAGCCUCUCUCCUGGCCCCUCGACAGUCUUUCCCCUCUGACCAUACUUGGCUGCCCUCAGCCCCUCACCUCUCCCUUACUUGGCCUGGCUCCUCUUUUGAGACUUUGCUUUUCACCCUGAGCCACCACUCUAACACCUGUCCAGAGAUAUCAGAGAUGUCUACAAAUUUCCCAGGAGCCGGACUGGACCAGGUCAGGAGAUGUGACUCGGGGCCAGAAAGAGCUUAUCACUCACUCAUUCUUCGUGUCUUUCAUAUUCUUUUCCGCUUGUUGACUCUCUCUCCGUGUCUCUCUGGGCCUUGCAUCUUGAGCAUUGUGGUGCCUAACUCGGGUUAUUUAUGGGUGAUGUAGUGUGGAAGUUUUGGACUUACAGAAUACACACAGUACCUCUUCCGGCGUUUCAGUUUUACUUUUAAGAUUUGGUGGAGGGAGAUAAAAUUAUUUUUAUGCAAGCUGCACAAGUAUACUGUGCAGCAUAAAUCGAAAUUUGCACUUUUUAAACAUAAAAUAGGUACUUCAACAACAUUUUUGGCUUCUGACAGGUGACUUUGGAGUGUUCCAGAAGUCCUGGGGAAAAUGGUUCAUUCUCCUGAUCUUAGGGGUCCUGCAGAGGAGAUAUUUGAGAAGCUCUCCUUAAAGGAAACAACCUAAGACGAACCUGAACACCAGACAGGAGUCAGGCAGGUAUAGAGGGGUGAAGCAGGAGAGUGUGACACAACAGGGAGUGGUAGAAGCUAGCAAAUGAGAGCCCUUCAGCUCUCGCAGGUGGACACCACGAAGGAAUGGGACUGCUUGUUACCAAAUGUAAUUGCUUUUUAAGAGAAGCCAGAACAGUAGCUUUUGGUGAAAUCUGGUUUUUAAAUCUUUACCACCAAUUCAAAUUUUUAGGAAGCAACUGUACAGGUUUUGAAAUGUCUGCAGGCUGAUUCCACCAAUGGCCCCCUGGUUUGCUGCCCCUGACCUCAACUAGUAUUUCUUCUACUUUCCAAAGAUAUAUGAGGCUCAUCUGGGCUUUCAGGAUCUCAAAUUCUGUUCCCAAGAGUUGAGGGCAGUGAGGUGCGUGAAGUUGCAAGGGAAUUUGGAGCUCUCCUACAGGAUAGCUUGAAGAGCUAAGACUGAAGAGAAGCCUCUGGGUGCCACUGACAGGCUUCUUUCCCCAAGAAAAGCAAAGCAGCCAUUGGCGACAGCCUUACCACCCUUUCCUUGAUCUACCGGGAUAUGGAGCUAAAAAGAUCUCGGGGUCUUGAACAGAAAGCAAAGUCUCCUUAGAGUUGGAAGAUAAGACAGGCAUGAAAAACCAGAAAUGGAGUGAAGUGGGAGAACAGGAGACAAAGGAAGGCUUCACUGUGAAUCUGGGUAGAUGAAGGAGGAAGUCAGCAUUUAGACAGAUGAAGUGGAGAAGGAGGGUCUUCUGCCACAGAACCGUAUAAGGGAAACAUAAUUCUCACGCCCCUGACCCCCACCUCCCCUCCCAACAACUGAAAUCCUUCCUCUGUCCAUCUGUCCAGAAAGUUAAAAAUAUCCAAGCUGGGCACCCAGCCCUGCCAGGACAUUUCCAAGAACCUGUUUACUGACCAUUUGAUUGACUUAGAGAGGUAGUUAGCACUUCCAUCACCCCAACAAAGAAUGAGACGUUGCUUGACACCUCACGACCCAAGGCACAUCAGACCCACAACCCUGGACCCACGCUCAUUCUGUUCUCCUCCUCCUGCCAUCACUCCUGUUGCCUAGAGAUGACCAAUCAGCUGGGAGUCAGAAAAAUGCCAGCCUUUGGGGUCUGUUCAUUCUUUUCUCCUUACGGAAAGGGCCCAGGAAAGAAUACAGCAGGGUCAAGCCAAGGGAAAGGUCAAGACACGACAGAAAUGGCCAAAAUAAACUAAACUGGGCCUCAACAGAGGGCUCACCACCAGCUUUUGUGCCGUUCGGUCUAGUCCACUGCAGGAAAGAAAAUCGAAUGAGAUGUAUUACCUCCAAAUAAGGAGUCUGAGAGUUCUUUGUAGUGUCAUAUCAUUUGCCCAGCACUCCCUGUUCCCCAGUUUAUGACUCUAAGUGGUGGGGAGCUUUCCCCUGAAGUUGUAUACUGAAAAGUUAAGACAGCUCAUUUAAUUUCCAGAAGGUGACAGGGUUAAUCCAGAGGCCUGUGAAGCACUCUGGGAGUAUGAGAGAGAAAACUCUAGGGCUCCCUGAGCUGUGCCGUGAGAUGCUGGCAGUGUGCGGAGGGCCUGUCCUGGUCUGGAGAUGGGAGUCCCAACCUCUCCCCUACCACAAUUAACUCCAGGCUGAGUCAGCUGCCAUACAGGGACUUCUUCUCAGACUGUUUUGUUCCCUUAACACAGGAAGGGAAUCAAGAGGAGCAGAGAGAGAAUGGCCCUACUUCUGCUAGGUCACAGAGGAAGAACAAUUUUGAAGACAUGCCUGGAACUGAACUAGUCAAGGUGGUGGUGGAUAGGCCUCCUCUUUUUUUAUUUUUUCUAGCUCACAUUAUAUUUUUAUUGGAUAACACUGUUCUACCCAUAUAAGUAGACAACCGGGUUCACCAUCCAAAACUCUGCCAAUUGGGAGGAUUUUUUUCCCUUGCUACUGUCUUUCUUUUUUUAUUGUUAUGUUAAUCACCAUCAUAAUAUUACAUCAUUAGUUUUUGAUGUAGUGUUCCAUGAUUCAUUGUUUGUGCAUAACACCAGUGCUCCAUGCAGAACGUGCCCUCUUUAAUACCCAUCACCAGUAGGCCUCCUCUUUUAUUUUAGGUAACAAGCACUUGUUUGCCAUUGUUCUAACACUUCACAUUUAUUUUUAAAACCCUCACAACAGUCUUCUGAGGUAGGUAUUAUUAUUAUCCCCCAUUUCACAUAUAUCAAACUGUAGCUCUGAAGGCUUAAACAAGUUGCCCAAGCUUGAACAGCUUGUUAAAUGGUGGAAUUAGGAUUGGGGUUUAGAUAGUUUGACACCACACUAUUAUUUCUCCUUAAUAGUAUAGGAAGGCUGAUCGCUGAACUUUUUCUAGGCUCUAGACUAUUGCGCCAGGACUUAGAGCCCUGGAUCUGCAGCCAUUCUGUAAGGUGGUGGUUUUCAACUUUGGAAAUGGGGGUAGAUGAGCGGUAAGAAUAGAGAAUGAGACAAAAAUGUCUGCUCUUCUAGUCCAGAACUAUUGAGGUCAGGGUACUUGGGGCAGGGGUUCCAGCCAUCGGAGGGUCAGUAAAGUAUUUUCCUUAUCUGCCUUAUGUAUUCCGUCACCUAGAGACAGAUAAUCCACGGAAAGCGCUAGGAAGGGGUCUGUAGGCUGUUGAGAGAACUGGGCAAAACACACUCCUUUACCCCAUUCCAUACCCUUCAGCUCCUACGUGAUUAUUUCUGUUGAUCAGGUGCUCGGACAGAUCUUUCCACACUUCUCUCUCCCAGAGGCUCAACCCAAAUCACACCCUUGUAUUUUCAGUCUGUUCAGAGGAAUCAAGGUAGCCAAGGACCCUGGCUGUGGAAGUACCUGCCCUUUUCUUGUUAAUUUUACCUUUUCUAGUUCUUUUCGCCCUUUAGAUUGUUUUCUUGCUGUCUUCUCUCAGAUCUUUGUAUACCAGAUUGGACCUAAUGAAUAAAUGAUACUAAGA